UAGAUUUUUUCCCCCCAAAAUCUCCUGUGUCUGCUUAUAAAAUCAUAUGGUUUUCUCUUUUACACUGUGUGUGCUGAAAUAGAUUUUUUUAACAUUCAAUUCUCUUUUCAUUCUUGAGGUACAUCUAUCUUAGUCAUAUGGAUUUUUAAAAAUACAUUGUUGUAUGAUUUGCUCGUGUUUUAUUUAGGAUUUUUGCCUAUAAAUUUGUGUAUAUAUGCGUGGUUCUCCUAGACUCAUAAAAAAAGUUGUCUUGCCACAGAAAGGAUAUUGAUAGGACUCUAGGAAGGAAUCUGCCUGGGCUUUUUAAAGCAGCCGAAGAGAACAUCUCUUACAUGGCUUGCAGUGGGCCUAAGAUCAAAGUGGAACAGUCGCUCAAGAAAAAAUACACAAUAGUCCCUGAAACAAAGACCCACUAAAUCCCUCAGGAAUCCUCAUAGAAUGUUCUUGGUAAUGUGGUGAGGACUUGCUUUGUGUGACCUCCUACCACCACUCCACCCAGCGAGGGCUACCACCUUGUUCGAGAGCAUGGUUCAUGGGAGGGGCGGCAUGGUCGAGUGCAGGGGCUCUGCUCUCUGGUCUGGCGUGCGCUCCCAGGCUGAGCCCUGGCUGACCACCUGUGCAUGUCUGCGGAGUUGGGGGCAGAACACUACUGGGCAGGGCUCCAUAACUUUCCUCACAGCCCCAGGGACCCAGGGCCCACAGACACGAACUGUGGCAGUCUGGAGAGUUUAUAGAGGCCUCAGGCCGAACAUCAGAUUGAGCAUCUUGUAGACCAGGUUAAUAAAUUCUAGUUUGUUCUCAAACUUGGUUUAAUCUGGCUUAAUCUCCCCCCAAAACUAUGUGUGAUGGCAUACAUCAGUGCUGUUCCUUAAACAUCUGUGUCUUGCAGUCUUAACGCAGCAGGGCAUGCAUAAAGGGUCAGAUUUUGAACUUUAGACAAGGCUUUAAUAUUUUAAAUAGAAAUGCUGCUUUGUUCAUAUUCAGGCUCUAAUUUGAGCUACUUAUCGGUGUCGGGGGGGUGGUGGUUAGAUAUUGCCUUGUUUAGCUCUGACCCGAGAUCCGGCUAAUAACUACGUGUGCCGUUCGCAUAGGGCGAGCCUGGACAUCUUUGACUACAUCUACAUAGAUGCUUUCGGGAAGGGGAAGCAGCUGACGGUAAAGGAGUGUGAAUACUUGAUCGGCCAGCACGUGACAGCGGCGCUGUAUGGGGUGGUCAACGUGAAGAAGGUGUUACAGCGAAUGGUGGGAAACCUUUUAAGCCUGGGAAAGCGGGAGGGCAUCGACCAGUCCUACCAGCUCCUGAGAGACUCGCUGGAUCUGUAUCUGGCGAUGUACCCGGACCAGGUGCAGCUUCUCCUCCUUCAGGCCAGGCUCUACUUCCACCUGGGGAUCUGGCCAGAGAAGUCUUUCUGUCUUGUCUUGAAGGUGCUUGACAUCCUCCAGCACAUUCAAACCCUAGACCCUGGGCAGCACGGGGCGGUGGGCUAUCUGGUACAGCACACGUUAGAGCACAUUGAGCGCAAGAAGGAGGAGGUGGGCGUGGAGGUGAAGCUGCGCUCCCACGAGAAGCACAGAGACGUCUGCUACUCCAUUGGGCUCAUUAUGAAGCAUAAGAGGUAUGGCUAUAACUGUGUGAUCUAUGGUUGGGACCCCACCUGCAUGAUGGGACACGAGUGGAUCCGAAACAUGAACGUCCACAGCCUGCCUCAUGGCCAUCAUCAGCCUUUCUAUAAUGUUCUGGUGGAGGAUGGCUCUUGUAGAUACGCAGCCCAAGGUAAGUAGCUAGUUCUUUGUGUACCUGUAAUGACACGCAGGUGCAUCUUAAGCACACAUUUGAGCACCCUGCUAUUGUGGGCAAGCCAUCAGUGUUAUUUGGAGAGGACAGUUGUUCCAUGGCCAACCUCAUCAGGGCUGAUACUCUGCUAACCGUGGAUAGGUGUGCCCUAGUGGGCCAUGCCAUGGGUUAAAUAGUCACUGCCCCCAGGUUCUCCCCCCCAUCACCACCAUACCCAGGACCCUGUUCCAGUGCUGUUGCCAACCUCUGUUCUGAUUGGUCAUUGCCUUUGCCAGUCAAAUUCCCAAAAGUCUUGCUUGCCAGGCCUUGCAGUUGGCUCCCUCCAGGCAAAGAGGGCCAGCCUGUGCCCUGCCACUAUGGCCUGUCGGAACUGGAGGGCAAUGAGUGGACACUGUUGGGGGACACGAGACUGGCAUCCAGCUGUGCUCCCCUGGAGAAGCCCUCGAGUGGCCAUGAUGGGAACUGCAGUCCACAGCACUGGCUCAGAGCUCCUGGUGGUCAGCAGGUGCUUGGUGGUGUUUGGGGCCACUGCCAGCCCCGAUAGGCGCUAGCCCAGGGCACUCCCGAGGUGGGGACAGAUGGGGCUGCGGAGGCAGGUUAGAGACAGAUGCCUCCAGUGUGGGUCUCCCUUUUCUUUUUUCCUCUAUUUGUUUGUUU